UAAUGCACACAAAUCGAUUUUAUCUCAUCUAUUUUUCUCUUUUCACAACAUAUCUUAUGGUUCUACAAUAAUUCUCUUAUUUUGGCAAUUUCCGUACUAUUUCAGUAUUUUUUUUGUUAGCAAACAGGCUCCAAUAAUUGGGCAGAGCUCAGGCGCGAGGAGGUGAAAAACUGAGGAAUAAAAAUGGUGAAGGGAAGUAAAUUGCUACUGAAAGGCUCCGGAAUCGGAAUAAACAACACUCUUGCUGAAAUAUUAGUAUGUCCACUCUCCAAACAACCCCUUAGGCUGUGUAAGAAAAUAAAUGCCCUAAUUAGCGAUUCGAUUGGAGUUUCAUAUCCGAUUGUUAAUGGAAUUCCUCGUCUUGUGCCGAUGGAUGGAAAAUUGAUUGAUUCCGAUGAAAGAUCCAAUUCCGAAGAACCAGCGGAUUCACCCAAUUCAAAAACUGAAAGAAUAAUUUCAGGCUUGAGAGUGCCGCCCAAUCCAACACGACCAGAGCUGUCGAGUGUCGAACUACAAGUCUUUGUGCCCAUUAUAAGAAUAAAACUAGCUAACAAUAGCUCGUUUGUUGACGCCAACUGCCAGUAGUCUGUUCAUAUGACUUGUUCACCACUCAGAGAUCCAUAUCAACCCUUGACUUUUCCCCUUUUCACAGCCCGUAAAGAGAACAGAACUCUUGCGUCAUUAGCUGCUUCACUGCAUUUCCUGCCUAAGUUGAUGAUACUAGAAAUUCAGGGUCUCUUCAUCUGAAUCAAGUUUGAGAAGAAGAAAUUUUCCUCACUUAUUAUAAAACUCUAGUAUUCGUC